UUCUCUAUCUGUAAAACCCUUAGUUUGAAAGCUAGGGCAGGGCUCAUCAGUAGAGAUCCAAGAGCAAGCUGUGUCUAUCUUACGCAACAACCUGAAUUCCAUAGCAGAUGAUGUCACCUAUAAAUGCCCUAUAAAUGGAGCAAGGCUUCAGGUGCAUCUGAACAAUUUAACUGCAUCGAUACCCACUGCUACAAACAUGGCUGUCUCAGUGCUACAGCUGACAGUUGUUUGGGGACUGCUUGUCUUAAUCCUGACUUGCCAAGCCGAUAACAAACCAGAGAGCAAGUCAGAUGACAAGCCAGAUGACUCGGGCAAAACCCUAGAACCAGCCUUUCCAAACUUCCUAAGCCUCUUGGGCUCGGAGAUCAUUGAGAAUACGGUGGAGUUCAUCAUCUGCUCCAUGAUGAAGAGCAAAGGAUAUAUGAAAUGUGAUGAGAAAAAAGAAGAAGAUUCAUCAGAGUGACUUCAACCAGGUUUAUGUUUCUAAGGACACCUGCAUGGCUCCAGAAUAAGCCAAGGGCACCUGAAUCCUGCUUUUCCAGUUUUCUGUUUCACAAGUCCUCCAGGACAGAGGCCUCAAUGCAGCUUCCAGCAAGUUCUCAGGAUUCAGGUCCUGGCUUCAACCAAAGACAGCUUCUUUUGAACAUCCUGACUUUGCAUUUUUGCUUCUAGAAGUCAAAAUAAUUGUGUCCUCUUUGGGGACACAUAUCCUACUUCAUUAAGAUUUUUGUUGGUGGAAGUAAUUUUUCCUGAAGCAUGUUUAAAGUUUUUAAUUGAUGCAAAAAAUAUGAAAUAUAUAAAAAUUAUUAUUAUCCAGAAUAACUGAAGAACAUUUCAAAUUAAGAAAACUAAAUUUCAGAUAACAUCAGGCCAAAGUCACAGAACCAGUAAACAACAGAAAGAUUUGAACCUGACUCCAAAGAAAAAACCCUUAACCCCUAAAAAUGCAUGAGGUGGAUUUCAGAGUUAAAAGUUUCAUAAACCCUUUUAGGAGAAGUUUUUCAAAAAAAUCUGAGCCUACACUCCUGGGCUAGUAAUCUAAAAACUGACCUUUAAAAAAAAAUUAACAAGGUUAUUGCCGUUCCACAGUUUUUAUUACUCUCAUAGAAUAGCAGAGUGCCCUUGAAGACAUUUGAAACUGGUAGAUGGAAGAGUCCUUGACAAGUCUAGUGCAGUUCUUUCAUUUCUUCUACCACUUGUUACACAGAUGUAGGUUCUCAGUGGCAAUUGGUGUGGUUCUUGCCCACUUGUUCAUAAAGGAUUGAACCAUUGUCAAACCUGACCCAACUGAGCCAA